AUGGAGUUCUUGGAGCUCAAGCAGGGAAACAUGACCUUAGCUGAAUAUGCAGCCAAGUUUGAGGAUCUAGUGAGAUACUUUCCCCAUUAUCAAGGGAGAGAUGGUGAAAGUUCCAAUUGUGUAAAGUUUAUGAAUGACUUGCGACCUGGAGUGAAACAAGCUGUGAAUUACCAAGGUGUUCGUCAGUUCCCACUUUUGGUUAACAUGUGUCGGAUUUGGGAUGAAGACUCCCGAGACAGGGCGGCCUAUUAUAGGAGUAUAGGUCCAAUGAGGAAUAAAAAGAAUGGACCUCAACAUCGGGGAAAACCAUACUCGACUCAUCCUAAGCAAUAUGGUAACCGCCCCAGCAAUCAGAGUACUGUUCCUAUGGGAUUUGCGGGUGGUAGUGGUAGCAAACCCAAUACUUUUCCCACUCAGAUCACUUGUUACAACUGUGGUAAGCUAGGGCACAUCUCCUCAUAUUGCACUGAAAAGGGUGUGACCUAUUUUAAUUGUGGAAAAAAGGAGCAUAUUCAGAGAAACUGUCCUUAUCCCAAGAAGGAGAAAAAUGGUGGGGGCCUGAAUGACCAAACUAGACAUCUGAAGCUUCGAAAUCCAAAGAUCUAA